GCCAUUUCCUAAACCCUGUUAUUGGUCAUCGCCCUCAUUCCCAAGACUUACCAUAUUGAACACAACACCGUGGUUUGUUGGCUCGAGUCCUGCAUUUCCAGUCAGCAGGUGCGUCCCACAGACAGGUCAUGAGUCGCUUCCUGAACGUGCUGCGGAGCUGGUUGCUGAUGGUGUCCGUCAUCGCGAUGGGAAACACCGUGCAGAGCUUCAGAGAUCACAGUUUCCUGUCAGAGAAGCUCUACACAGGCGUGCCAGAGUUUGUGAACGGUCUUCAAGCUAGAACAUUUGGUAUUUGGACAUUGCUGUCGUCGAUCAUUCGCUGUUCCUGUGCCAUUGACAUCCAGAACAGAACGCUGUAUCACAUCACCUUAUGGACAUUUGUGCUGGCGUUGGGCCACUUCCUGUCCGAAGCCUUCAUUUACAAAACUGCUCCUCUGACGAUCGGGGUCAUGGCACCUCUCAUUGUGGCAAGUUUCUCCAUCAUAGGAAUGCUGAUUGGAUACCAGUGUAUCCCAGAGUCACAGGAGGAGGUUGGAGCAAGACAGAAGAAGCGUAACUGAAUCCUGGCUGUUUUGAUUUCCCUCCCACCUCCAUAAUGACCACUAAACAGUAGUGGACUGGUCCGAGUGUUCUGCUUCUUCCUUGAAGAGAAUGACAUCUGGCUGUAUAGUCAUAAUUUCUGUUACACUUUCUAUAGACUGUAUACAGCUUCAUUUGGGCUGUAUUUAAUGUUUUCUAACUGACAUUUUACAGUUCACAGAGUAAUGAAAAACGGUUUUACAGAAAGUCAGGUUAUACUACAAUCAUAAAUAUGUGCCAGUGUAUGAUUAAUUUAGUCUUAGCUGAUCAAUACAUGGAGGUUUUAUUAAGUUCGUUUUGUACUAUCUGAACUGUUAGUGGUAAAUGAUGCUCAUCCUUGUGUUUUCAUGCUCAAAGAUUUCUUUGAGGAUGUUUUAUUUCUCCAGACUACCACUUCCUACACAUAUUUUUAUUCAUGGUCAACCAAAGAACUCAGAUGACUAUACAGUACACAACUAUGCUCGCAAUCACAAAGUCUACUAUUCCUGUUGACCUGUUAUUCUUGUUGUUUGUUCUGUGAUGUCAAAUGUUUGUGCACCCUUUGAAUUCAUGCACAAUUGUUGUCCUA